CGUCCGAGAAGCACAUCGAGCUGCCCGCUGCCCACUGCAACCGUCUACCGUCUGCCGUCUGCCCUCGAACAGCCACACUUGCUCCACCACCAACACCCUCAUGGCGGCAGCCGAUCGAGCCACUGUCGCAUGAGAGGCACUGCGGGGACUGGGAGGCGCAAUGGAGGAGGAAGAGCGCGAGCCCAGUGUCGCAUCCUCGUCAGACCUCUACUCGGAGUCUGAUACGCCCGCGGCUGUACAACACCAUGGCCCGACACCAACCAAGCGCAAGGCAGAGCAUUCAGACUCUGGCCCAGACAAAAAGCGCAAACUUGAUCCCGUCUCAAGCUCUCCUUCCUCCUCACGUCUUCUCCCCUGCGUUGGCCUUCCGCCAGAGAUCUGGCAGAAUGUUUUCCUUUCCUGUUCGCCUGCAACCCUCGGAAGACUGUUGCAGGUAAAUCGAUCUUUUCGUUCCUAUCUCCUCGACGUUCAGUCUCCCUCCAGCGGGGCUGGCCGUCUAAGUCUUGUCAGAUCCGACUCUAUUUGGAUCGCUGCAAGAAAAGCCCAUCCAACUAGACCCUCCAAGCCUCCUGAAGGCUUCUCUGAAGUCGACUUAUGGAGCCUGAUAAUGGGCAAAUCGUGUCAGUUCUGCCAAAGCACUCCGUCUUCCAUGCCAGGAGAGAAAGCAUGGGAGAAAGGACCUGGUCCGAAUGGCGUGCGCAUCAUAUGGCCCUUCUGGGUUCGUGCGUGUGGCAGCUGUUUGAAUGAGAGAUGCGAAAAGGAUACUACACUGCUCUUUUCUGCGGCGUCCGCCCUGCGUCCCGCACUUCCCUUCGCCUUCAUAACCUCCGAUCUCAAUGUCAUCGCGGCUUCAUCCUUACAGGAUCCCGCGCUGCCUCCAAGCCUCCAAAUAUCGAAAGUCUACUACAAACCUCAAAUACAAGAAAUGGAGGCGGAACUCGUUGAAGCUCAAAGCCGUGGCUCAGCUGCCGCCGAAGAGUGGCUCAAAGGUCUAGAAAGUCGGGGACGGGCUCGUAUGAGCAACUCCGCUGGCUGGGAAAAAUGGGAGAUCAAAUACCAGUGGUGGCUGAAACACCAAGACACUCGAAGAACCCCAAUGUCUACAUCUACAUCACCAGGCCCAAGUCUCCCACAGAAGACGGCCUCGCCAUUUCGUGCGGCUGUUUCUUCUAGACCUAGUAAUGGAACACCUGUGGCCACAACAUCCACACAGCUGCUACCUCCACGUCCAGCCGUUUCAGCACAGCCUAUGCAUGCUCCGCAGCACAUCUCGCAGCCGCCAUUGCAUCAUCCUCGCCCAGAACGAAACAUUCACGAUGCCAACGAAGCAAAGGCAGCCCGAAAAGCCGACAUCGAACGUCGAUGCGAAGCUUUGUCUCCACCCAUUCCAGCCAAUGUACUCCGCCACAUGGAAUCGUUCAAGGCAGCAAUACAAAUAUCACAGCCAAUGACGGACAACUCAUGGGAAGUCCUGAAGCCCCGCCUACUUGCUCAGAGAGCGGACGCGGAAAAAGCUGAAGGCGAACAGGCAGCACGGAUGGCAUAUCUACAAACGCGUGUUGCUGACCGGCGCCAACAGGACGCCAGCAACAAAGAAGUCAAAGAAGUGCUUGACCGAGAAUGGGAAGACUCCCAGAAGCCCGUUCGCGAUCGUCUUUCUUCAUACGCAGAUGAAUUCAUCCGGUUCAAGUGGGCCGGUGACAAAUCAAUUAACUAUGACAGCAGUCCCAAGUUUGCCGCGGAACUUCUUCUUCAUGUCCGUCAGAAGUUCUAUUCUGAUGUUUCCGGAGAGGAUAGGACUGCCGAUGAUGCCCCAGGCAUGGAUUUGGACCAGCCAGACCAACUUCCACGGAGGGCCCUAAUCUUGGAGAACAUGAAAUGGACAUACGACAACAAGAUUAAGCCUCUAACCGAACAGUAUCGAAAAGAGCUUUUCCUUUGCAACGGCUGUGACGGAAACUUCCGCUACUACGGCUUUGAAGGCGUGAUUCAGCACUACGGAGCCAAGCACACCAGUGCAUUCAGCGUAGGGAAUGUUGUUGUCUCCUGGAGGGAAGCCGAGUGGCCAGAGGAACCUCCAUUCCAUCCGGAUCCAAGUGCAGCCAAGAGUUACGGUCAUUCUGUGCCAACUUCUAUGCCUGCCCAUGGUCAUUCUGCCUAUGCGCCUUACUACGGUGGGUAUUCCCGCGGAGGUACGACUACUCCCCAGAUGUCUAUCCAUCUCCAAAGCCCCAGUCCGUACAUGCCGUACGGAGCGCAGUUCAACGGCCCGUUUCCACCCCCUCCGCCUCCUUCCAAUCCGGUUCACGGAGCGAAUUACAACUAUUCGCAAGGGUAUGCGCAGCCACAGCCCAUGGAUCCAUACAACGGGUAUCAACUAGGAUACCUUGGAUACUCGACAUCGCCACUCAUGAAUGCUUCCGUCCCGGUUGGAAAUGGAUCCAAUGGCUUUGGUUUCCAGACUUCUCCACAACACGUGCCAGUUGCCCCUGCCCCCAUGCCUCAGGAACCCGACAAAGAUGAGCCCUUCCGCACUACCCUCUUCGAUGAACAGGUGAGAAGCCUCGUGGAAAUGGCUCGGGACAUUUGGAACAGUACCUCUGGGAUCAAGGAUUUGCCAAACAGUGUUCGAGUCUAUGUGUUGUUGCAGCGUGUUAUUUCCAAGUUCCAGCUUCAAUUCGAUCACGAACCAACAUUGGAUCAUUUCUCCGACGCUGUUCAAAAUCAUUCCCUAUCAGGACUGAAGUCUGCCGCCGGACUUGCUUGUAAGGCGUGUCAAUCUGAACCCAUCAAUCAAUUUUCCAUGUCCAAUGUAUCUCGACCCGAAGACAGAAAAACAUAUCAUGUACUUUCCCUAUUCUCUCAUUUCAAGUCAGUUCAUUUGGAGCGAUUUGGACCCCGGCCAACCUUCCAAAACGGCCAGCAACUCCGGCUUCUAGAUUGGAAAGAGGACAUGAUCGAGCUUCCCAGUGAUCGAUCAAUAUCUGGCCUUAUCCAUGCUCCCGGAAUGGAUGAUGAUAAGCUGCAUAUCAUUGCAACAGUGUUUCCUACGCUGUUUCCAACUCCUCUACCGAGGAUCGGAGUAGUGGAUCAGUCUGGCGUAGCAUCGGCAUCACUUAACAGACCCAAGAGUGCAAAGCUGGACACGGAUAUGCCUGACGCUUUGGAUGAAGGCCUGGGAACUACUCCACGUAAGUCUCUACAUGGUCGGGCCAAUCUACCUCGCCGCCCGGGUGAGGAGGAAUAUGAUCCACUUCGACCAGCCCUGGUCAGAGACUCCAGACAUGCCGUCGGAGCGUCUCACAGGAGGCCAUCUCAUUCCUGGAGCCCGCCAUCAGAUGAUCGUAGGCAGGUCUACUAUGCCGAGCCGAGAUAUAUCCGACCACGGGAUCCCAUGGACGAUGAAUACGCCGGACCUCCACCUCGCCAAUACAUUGAAGUUAGCCCUAAUGGAACACGUUACCUCCGCGAUGCUAGUCCAAUGUAUGAGGAAAUACGGGAGAGACGGCCGGUCUAUCGCGAUCGUGAAGUGUAUCCAAGUCUUCCACCAGGAGAGUCCAGGGGCUAUUACAGAGGACCAAGCCAACUUGGUGCCACGGAAGGCCCUCCAGGAAUGGAUCGAUAUCGCUAUGGUCCCGAGAGUGCUAGGGCUCGUUCACGAAGCGAGUCGCCCGCCAGAGCAGAAACUGACGCAGAGCGCUUCCUCAACGAAUUUGUGCCACCACCUCCGCUGCCACAACACAUCCGCAAGGAUGAGGGGGACCUCCGCCAGCCAUGGCCUCCAAAGGACAACGACGACGGCUCCAAAUACACGCCACCCCCUCCAAUCCUUGUAGCGCCCGCAGAUGAUCGUCCAGACCCCAACACGCCCUCAGGUCCUCAGCCCAUUCCGAUAAAUGGCUCCCUCCACUAUGAGGAUUCCCGUCAUGGCAGGCAUACACCGGAUUCAGGACAUACUCCAAGGAGACCAGGGCCGGGACCCUACCGCCGCAGAGAAGUGCCCGUGCCUUCACGGUACGCGAGAUACAUGAGUGCGGCUGACCGCGACACAUACGCCCGCGGCCACAGCAUUCAGCGUUCGCACAGCCGAUACGAAAGGAGGUAUGAGAGGUAUGACCAGCAGCGGAGACGGUUAGAUCAAGAAGGAGAAACCCCAGGACCACCCACGGCCGCAGAACGAGACAGGGAUAGGAGUCUCGACCGCUAUACGGAUGAGAGGGAUCACGACCCGUAUUACCACCCACUGCGCCAGGGCUCCAGGGAAUACGUCCCGAUUGACGACCAUCGCGGUGCUGGGCCCCCACCCGCGCGUUACUUCUCCCGUUUCGCAGCCGAGACGGCAGAUGCGCAGCCGCCGCAGUUUGUGGAUGAGUUCGGCGAACCGGUGCAGUACGUCCGCGUCCGGAGUGAGGCCUAUCAGCCGCGCUAUGCGGAUGAUAGGGAGAGGGUUGAAUACGUCCCUGUUGGGUAUGACCAGCGUGAGAGGGAAAGAGAUAGAGAAUACGUUUACUAUGAUGAGCGGGCGCCGGUGCCGCUGAGGGGCGGCGAGGUGGGGGUGGAGAGGGUGCCUGUGCCUGUGCCUGCGCCUGUGCCAGUGCCUGUGCCUGUGGCAUUUGAGGGGGAAGUGGGAGAGGAAAGGUGAGGGAGGGGUUUACUUAUGGCGUCUGAAAAUAAUCGGUUUGCGUGGGUGGAAAAGUGUGCUUCUUUUAGCGAGUCUGCCAAAGGGUGGUUAAUGGAAAAAACCUGUGUAUGAAUACGUACUGCGGGAUGUUGCGUGGAAAUUUUGUUGUUCAUGUGGGUAGGUCUCUGAUGUUUAAACGAUAGUCUAAUAAUGUGACACUUGAUUUACAGAAAAUUACC